AUGGCAACAGUAACAAGCGUUACAAUCCAGUUUUUGCAGAUGUAUUACCGUCGUUUGAUUAUCGGCUUUCAAACUGGAACCUACGCUAUCAGGUAUCGAUACGUUAACAGCACAUUUAUCACCUUAGAUUUUGGAGUUGUAGUUCCAAGUUCUCGAGAGAGCUGGAGUAAAGUUGGUGUUUCGCCGAAUCAAUUCUAUCCCACCGGAGAUUUUACUAUGGAAAUCGUGUAUGAACUGCGUGGCUCAAGUACACCGUCUUCAGGCGGCAUCCUAAUCGAUGAUAUUGAAGUAACUAAUUCCAAGGAAGAUACCGAAGUUGUAACUUUUAAUGGUAGUUUAUUAACAACUUACAACGCUAAUGAUAGAUUCAAUAAGAAAUCCAACAUGUUGCAAGUCAUUUGA